AUGGCGGCGGUCAUUUUCUGGUCAGCUAUCGGCUUCGCCCACGUGGUCAAGAAACACAGAGACAAGCGUCCAUAUAAGCACUCGGCCGCCAGCAUCGACCCAGAACGCCGCAAGGAAACACGCAUCCUCACCCUUGUGCCAGGGAGCUUCCUCGACGACUUGAGGGGUGAAAUCCACACCGUGUCGCUCGACGAUCCGAUUCCUAGCCACCUCCCCUACGAGGCCGUUUCGCACGGAUGGGUGCCCAGCAUGUCCAACAACAACAAGUCCGACUGCGUCAAGAUCGGCUCCAGCAGUCGCAGGCUCUGGCUCCCGCAGUACCUCGGCACAAUGCUGCGCUACCUCCGCCAUAAGGACAGACCGCGCAACCUCUGGGUUGAUUACAUCUGCAUAGACCAGCACAACCUCGCAGAGAAAGCCCAGCAUGUCGCCAUGAUGCGGGACGUGUACGCGUCUGCGGCGCGGGUGGUCGUGUGGUUGGGCCAGGAGGCCGACGACAGCACGGCGGCGCUGUCGCUCCUCGAGGACCUGGGCUGGAUGGUCGAGUUCGAUUUCGAGAACCAUGCCCGCAUGCGCCCUUCCCCCGCAGCGGCGGCCGUGGGGGGGCAUUCGCAUUCCUGGGCUGACCCGGCUGUGCCCCUCCCUUACGACCAGGACGACCUGUGGUCGAUCUAUCACCUGGUCCAUCGGCCUUGGUUUGGCCGCUUGUGGUCUCGUCUGCACAUCGCCGCUGCUGCUGCUGCGGCGGACCCGGCUGCCACGGUCGUUGUGGUGUGCGGAAACAAGGUCGCGAGUUGGGAUCUCCUACGCAAUGCGUUCGCCUGUGUUGCGAAUAAGCGGCGGCAUUACCUUGAUCGGUCUGCCGAUAGCCAGCCCGAGCUGCGGUUCGCGCGGAGGUUCGAGAUGUUGCUUUUAUUCUUGUGUCAAGGGAGUCGCGGCGAUGGCGGGAACACGGGCGAUUACACGUUUGCCGAGUUGCUGGACCAGGGACGCAAGUUUAGCUGCGAGGACCCGCGGGAGCGAGUCCAUGCUGCGCUGGGGAUGGCGUCGGACGUGGAUGCCGAUUUGAUGGGCUUGCUGCCGGACUACACGGUCUCCAAGGCGCAGGUGUACCGAGAUGCGGUGCUCCGGUACAUCGCCCACGCGGGGGAUGCGAAUAUUUUGGCUUCAUGCGAGAUGGUGACCAGUAGUAGUACUACGGCGCUCGAUGAAAGGCUGCCUUCUUGGGUACCGGACUGGUGCGUCAAGCGGGCUGCGAACCGCAUGCCGAUGCAUCUGGCCAGCGGGUUGUCGGGGGCCCACGUGGAGUUUAUCCCAGACAGCGACUGUGGGGGGAUCCUACGCGCAGCAGGAAUACGAUGCGCGACGGUCAAGUCGGCGCGGCUGCUUUUCGCGGAUCUCGUCCCCCUCCCGGACGUCGUUGCCGCCGUACGACGGUGUGCGCCGACCGAUGUGCUCACCGCCCGCUACCGCCCGAGACGACAACACCCGGAACAAGAACACGAUGCGUCGACGACGACGUUGCUUGAAGCGUACUGCGCCGUCCUGGCCUGGGGACUCUUCGCAUCGUCCUACCACCCGGCCGUGGAGGCGUACCCCGACUUGGAAGCGAGCGUGGAUGCCCUCAAGACGGUUCUGACGACGGUGCCCAGGGAAGAGGGGCAACGGGAGGGCGAGGGCGAGUCGGCGAGGGGGAGCGACUCGUAUGAUUCCGUCACGCUUGGGUUCGCCACGCAUCUCUUGGCCAGCUGCAGGGGGCGAGCGGUCCUAACGACCGAGGAAGGGUAUAUUGGGCUCGGACCUAGGGAGACCCGGCCGGGGGAUAGGAUUGUGGUGCUCCUCGGGUGCGAUGUGCCGCUUGUGUUGCGUCAGGUUCGUUCGUCGCGCAGUGCGACGGCCGGAGAAGCGGGUGAAGCUGUUGUUGUUGUUGGGGAUUGCUACGUUGAAGGGCUCAUGACGGGGGAGGCUCUCCUGGGCCCGUUACCAGAGGGCAUGAGGAUCGUGAUGGACUGUGAAGACUCUGAAGAGCAGGCAACGCCGAUAUUCGUACAUGGGAAGGGCGUUUGGAACGGGGAAGGGGAGGACCCGAGGAUAGAUAGGGUGAGGGGACUAACGAAGGGGGAGUGUGAGAAGAGGGAACUUGUGGCUAUGGAGGAUUUGCUUACGCCUCCUAAUUUGCGGGCUGUGGGUGUGAAUGUGGUGAGGAUGGAUCUUGUGUGA